CCCAACGUUUUGACUUUCUUGUUGCUCCGUCCCGUCGGAAAAAAAUUGAAAUUAUAUCAAUCACUCCCGUCGCCGGAGCUGCUCUUUCCGGCUUCUUCGUCAUCUCUGCUUCUUCCGCUCUCUCCCAGCCAUGGCGGUUUCGGCUUCCCUCCACAGUCACGGCGCCUCUCCUUUACUGUCCUCUUCUUUCCCUUCUUCCAGACCCAAGCCCUCGCCUUCUUCCACCACUUACCUCUACGUCUUAUCGAAGCUUCGCGCAGUCCGCCCUCUCCGUCUCUGCCCCAGCCUCCGGUUCUCUUCCACCGCAGUCAAAGCCACCACCCUGUCCGCCAUCGAUCCUUCCACAACUUCCCCCCCCGGGAAGGACGGGAAGCUUCUGCUCGAAGUCAAGGAUCUUACUGCAGUGAUUGCGGAAACCAAGCAGGAAAUCCUCAAGGGCGUUAACCUCACCGUCUACGAGGGAGAGGUCCAUGCGAUAAUGGGGAAGAAUGGCUCCGGGAAGAGCACGUUUUCAAAGGUUCUUGUUGGACAUCCAGAUUAUGAAGUGACAGGAGGCAGUAUGGUGUUUAAAGGGGAAAAUUUGCUUGACAUGGAACCGGAAGAAAGGUCUCUUGCCGGCCUCUUUAUGAGUUUUCAGACCCCGGUUGAAAUACCAGGUGUCAGCAAUGCUGACUUUCUCAACAUGGCAUACAAUGCUCGAAGAAGGAAGCUGAAUCAACCCGAGCUUGGUCCCCUUGAGUUCUAUGCUUAUGUCUGUCCCAAACUCAAUGAUUUGAAGAUGAGUGUAGAUUUCCUUAAUAGAAAUGUCAAUGAAGGAUUCAGUGGUGGAGAGAGAAAGCGCAACGAGAUUCUACAACUAGCUGUUAUUGGGGCAGACUUAGCUAUACUGGAUGAAAUUGAUUCUGGGUUGGAUAUUGAUGCACUUCAAGAUGUGGCAAGAGCAGUAAAUGGGCUUUUGACAGCUAAGAAUUCUGUUUUGAUGAUUACUCAUUACCAACGGCUUUUGGAAUUUAUAAAGCCAACUUAUAUCCAUGUUAUGGAGAACGGCAAAAUUGUGAAAACUGGCGAUAUCUCCAUAGCUAAGGCUCUUGAAAAGGGAGGAUACAAGGCAAUAGCUGAGAGAUGACUGCCUUAGACCAGAUCUGAUAAGGGCUUUUGAAGGCGACUUGUUAUAGAUUGAUCAAGAAUUCCCCAAAGUUGGUCUUUAGAUUUUUUUGGCAUUCUGUAUGUCCAUAGCAUUGAUUUCAUCUCAUGAGGCUCAAUGUCUUGGGUAUAUUGGUUAUUUAACCAAAUGGAUUUGCACAUUGGAGAGAGAUCGAGAUCGAUUAUUCUUUUUUUUUUUUUAGUAAAGUAUUGAGAUCGAAUAUUGUUUAAUGGUCAGCAAAUAUCUUUAUGGAAUAGUAUUCUCAACGGUAUUUGUUGCUUGAACUACAUGUAUUGUAUAUAUGAUUUAACGUUUGUUCUUAUAUUCUUACCUCGAA